AAUGAGUUUAACUCACCUUAAAAGCCAUGAGGUAAAAAUAGAAAAGCAAAAAGUUCUGGCUGAGCGAAGCAUGUCAUCUAAAACAGGCCCAGCAAACGUCAUGGUCCAGUUCAGAGGUGCGGCGAGAUGUAGAAGUCAAUUACAUGCAUGAGCUGUUCAGAUGAGGCGAGCGACACAUUCAGGUUGCUCAUUAUCAUGUCAGCGUGCAGCUCCUGGAUGGUUUUCUGCUUCUUGGCUCUGCUGGUAACACUGGUGUCCCAGAGCGAAGGAGGUUGUCAGGAUACGGGAAUGUGUUGCAUCGGACAAAACCAGUCAUGCAUUAGUGAAGACUGGAGGAAAGAUCGUUCCUUUGGAGAGUGCUAUUGCGACCAGGCAUGCAAGACCACAUUGGACUGUUGCCACGACUAUGACCUUGCCUGUCCAGCUGUAUCUUGUGUGGUGAGUGAAUGGAGCCUGUGGUCUGGCUGUCUGGAGCCCUGUAAACCCACACUGCGGUCCAGGCGGAGGCAGGUGAUUCAAGAAGCACGUAAUGGAGGUGAACCCUGUCCGUCUCUUCAGCAGACCGCAGGAUGUGCCGAGUACCACGAUCAGCACGGUCCAUGCCUGCAAUCACUGGUCCCGGCUCUCAUCACCACGGGUGGAUAUGGAAAUGCUCGGAAAAAGAGGGAGGUUUUGGACAACAUCACAGGUUACUGUGUGGAGUUUGAGCUCACGUCUCUGACGGCAGGUUGUCAGCGCAGCUUCAGUUCACACACUCGCUGGAUGCGCUACCUGAAGGAAGGCCAUCAGGUGUGUGUAGAGUGUCAACCGCCAGCACUGACCCCAGGUCAGCGAUACUGCUCCGGGGAUGGAGAGAACAUGGGAUAUGACAGGAGUGUGUCUCUGCAGUGGCAGGCCGUGGGGAAUUCGCAGUGCCGAGGGGUGUGGAGACGCGUCCGUCGAAGAGAAUCCUGCUCCUGUCCCACAGUGCACAGUUUUCUCUUCAUCUAACUCAAUUCAGUCAGGCACUCAAGGCACUGCAGAUGCAUUCUCCGGCUGCAUAGAUAGUGACUGCCCGAUAUGUGAAGUGAAAUAUCGAUGCGUGAAGUGAAAUAUGGAACUAUUUGUGCAUGUUUCUGGCAGUCAGGGCAAGCCCAUGGACAUCACAAAGCCUGUGGGUAUGGACACAUGGAUUUUAUAAUU